CAUACUUUAGCGAUCAUGUGACUCAUAAGAAAACGUCACCAAAAUGGCAGAUCAACCGACGAAGUCAGAUAUCCAAACAAUUUUCAAGAGAUUGCGAUCUAUACCUACAAAUAAGCAAUGUUUUGACUGUGGAAGUAACAACCCGACAUGGGCCAGUGUGACAUAUGGUGUGUUCCUGUGUAUCGACUGUUCAGCCACCCACAGGUCAUUAGGUGUCCAUGUCACCUUCAUCCGGUCCACUCAGCUGGACACCAGCUGGACAUGGCUGCAACUCAGAGCCAUGCAAGUGGGAGGCAAUGCCAAUGCUACGGCCUUUUUUCGACAGCACGGAUGUACAACAAAAGAAUCCCAGCAGAAGUACCACAGUAGGGCCGCAAUGAUGUACAAGGAGAAGCUACAAUCACUCGCCAAUAAUGCCAACAGAUUACACGGCACUAAGCUGACCCUUGACCCCAGUAACCGAGGAAACAAGCUCCACAUAGACAGCCAUGACCCAACCUCCCCUGUCAGUAAGGAAGUUGACUUCUUUGAUGAGCACACAGACUUGUUUGAUUCAACACCUGCCCCCACUCCGAUCAGUGAUAACGCCAAGCUCUUUUCCUCCACAGCUCCCCAGCCCAUUAAAAAUGGCAACCAAAGCAAGGAAAUAGACCCUACAGAAGGCCCAAGUGUGGAGGCAGCCUUGAGCGUGUCCCCUACACAGGCAGCAGCCCACGCAGAACCUAGAAAGUCCAUCAUUGGUGCAAAGAAGCCUGCAGGGGCACGGAAAGGGAAGAGUGGCAUGGGAGCCCAGAGAGUGAAGGCCAACUUCACCGAGAUUGAGAGUCGUGCCCAGCAGCUGGACCAAGAGAGGGAGACACUUGCAGCCAACCAGGCAGUUGUUGAGGCACGCACAAAUGAGGAGCAGGAAAAGCAGAUGGCUUCAAUGAGAUUAGCUUACAAAGACAUGAGUGUACAGAGGAAAAAGGAGGAAGAAAAGCUGAAGGUAACAGAUCCAAAGAAAGCUGCACAGUAUGAGCGACUCGGCAUGGGCUUCGUGGGAAACAGAGAGUUCAGCCAUUCUGCCAUAUCUGACAUGCAGACCAUUGAACAGUCUCAACCUAAUAAAUCUUCAAGCAAUUCAAAUGGUGCUGACCGCUACGACAGGAAACCAGCCAGGUCCAAGAAUUUCUUUGAUGAAGAAUUGGAUUCCAUGGGAUUUUCAUCAUCAUCUUCCAAAUAUGACAGUCCGUUCAGUGAGGAGAAAGAUUCCUUCAAUAGCUGGGGCAGUAGUAACAAGUCCGGCAGCUGGGAUAUAGACCGAUUUGAAUCUAAACAGCAAAAGUUUUCUGAAACCUUGUCCUCGUCUCGGGAUGAUGACAGCCAAGAGAUCGUGGAGGAUGAGAGUCACGGUGAUGUAGAUGAGGGACCUAGCCGAAGUAGGAAGGCUUACGACUACAACACAUCCACUGCUAAAUCGGAUGAGGCCCAGAAAAAAUUUGCAGGCGCCAAGUCGAUUUCGUCCGACCAGUUUUUUGGUAAUAAGGAAACGGAUUUUGCGAUGAAACAGAACAUGUCCAGAUUUGAAGGGAGCUCAAGUAUAUCAAGUGCGGACUUCUACGGAGAUUCGUCAAGUAAACGUUCACAGAACUAUAACAAUACUGGACCAGACUUCCAGGACAUCAAGGAUGGCGUGAGACAAGGAGUGACGAAAGUGGCCGGCAAACUCUCGACACUAGCUAACGGAGUGAUGAACUCUCUACAGAGGAAAUGAUGACUUCCCCAGGACACUAUAGGAUAAAUAUGGAAGUUAAUGUCCGACUGGAAUAGACUGGAGAGAAGGGAGAUAAUUACCGCAGACUUUGUUGUGUACUUUGGUUCUAGCUCAGUGGAAUGAAGAACACAUCGGAUCUAACUAACAUUGUACAGCCAUUUACAGUUUGCCCUGGACACGCAGCCGUCGGUACUAUACUGACGUAUUGAUUUAGUAACGAGUCAGCAUUGUGGUUUCCAUAGUUUCUUAUAUUAUUUUUCUCUCCCUCCCUCACUUUCAUAAAGUCAUAAAAUCAAGGUCAAUAAUAUCUCAGCCACAACUGUUCCUAUAUAUCCACGGUUGCCUUGUGGCUGAAGAAACCCUCACUAUCCAUUUAGCCAUGUAACCUUUGGGACCUGUUUUUUUUUAAACCAGAAGUUGAUGGGCUUACAGAAUUAUGGUCAUUUAAAAUGGUCAUGUGAUCAUGACUUUCAUGUCAUUUACUGUAAUCCAGGGCAUUGUAACUUUGGGGCAUUGUGCAAAAUCUAGACAUUAGGACAAAGGAUAGGCCUAUUACAUCAUGUUUGGUUGAAGGAGAGAGUUGAUGUGGAUAAAAGAAGGGCGGUGUCCUGAUCCUCCGAGCUCUGCCUGUAAACCGAGGCCAAUUCUGUAUUAUACAGCAUUCCUUCCAGACCGCUGUAAACAACAUCUAAUAAAAGGGCUGAGAAAAAUUAGAAACUUGUUUUACAGUUACGAAGAAAGACAUAUUUUUUUCCGCUAUUUGUUAACGUGGUCAGCAGUGGUCACUUUAUUGAAGAGAUGAUUAUUUAUCACUGUUACUGUAUUGUGAAUGUGAGCGAGUGACUACAGUGCGUGUGACCUGUGAUUUGUCCGGAGGUACGAAUGAUCAGGCUCGAAUGUGCAAGUCUGAUUGUCAUAAAAUCUCAAAAUGAAAGGUCAAACUUGUCUUUUUUCACUGACAUGAGGUAGAUGAGUAAUGGUCAGACGAUAUAUUUUGAAGGUCAGAUGGGAUUAUAUGGCCACUGUUUGCUGACAGAUAAUACCUUAAGUUAAUUUGGUUUGGUCUGUAUCACGUUGGCCAUUAUAGGCUUUGAACCUUCAAGUGUUUUGUCUCCGUCUGGAGAUCGUAAUUUGUUAUGCAAAUGUCUAACCUAGAGCCAAUUGGUACGGUUAUAUCAACCGUGUGGAGUUAAGCAUUUGUCAAUGAAAAUGGUAGUUCUAUUCUAAAUUCCUCUUCUUGUUGAAAGAAUUCUUGACAAUUUUUGUUCCAAUGUUUUUCCGAGAUAAUAUAUUCUAAAGUCAAUACAGUAAUCAAAGAGGUACCGGUAAAUAAAAAGUUAUUUCUAGUUAAAAAUAUAUUACAAUAUUGAAGAAUGUAUGUUUAUUUCAUUGGCUCCUACAUUGAGUGUAAUGAUUGUGACUGGACAUCAGCUUUGCCGUUCUUUUGAAUGAAACGUGCUGAUAUUAGUAAUAACAUACUUGGAUAAUAAGUGUUUUGUUUUCUUUUUGUUCAGACAUUUUAGUCGCUUGUAUGACUGUGAUGAAUUGUAUGGCUAAGAUCAUGUCAUACAUUAUUUAUGGUAUUUUUAUUGUAUAGUUUUGUUUGUAAAGGAAAUAUUUAAGAAAGCACACAAAUAGACAUGUUUAACGUCAUGGGAGUUAUCUCCCUUGCCAUAUAUUACCUCAUGCUUUAUUUUCCUGGAGUAAGUAUGGUAGUUUGCAAGUAGAUGAAGGCCAUGUUUAAACAUAUGUUAUAUUUAUUGAAAAAAGGAAAAUGGUGAAUUUCACAUUUUCUGCUGCUUUAAUGAAAUGGAGGAGUGCUUUUCAGGGUUAGACACUUAUUUGUUUUGCUUGGUAGUCCACAGGACUAGUUGAAUAGACUAUUGACUAGUCCUUUGUCAAUGUCACUAGUCCAAGAUUUCCCGAUAAGGAAACAUCAAAAGUAGUCGACUGUAUGGGUCUUAAAAUAACUACUGUCAUAAAAAUAGGGUGAAGUUUUAGGAAAAUUUUGACAAUUAUCAUGCAAUACAUCUCAUUUUAAGCAGUUUCUAAAUUUUAUAAUCAUGAAAAUUUUAUAAUCAUAUUUUUUCACAAGUCCAAAGGACCAGUUAGGUGAGGUGAUUCACUCGCUUGCUGAAAUCUACCAGUCCAGGACUGGCGGUCUCGUGUUAGUGUCGACUUUAAAAUACAAUUUAUUAAACAGAUAACACUUAGUGCACAUCUACUUUGGGUAUUUUAUAGCACUGCAUCUCAUAAACAACACAAAUCAACUUUAAACAUGACAUUUUGAUUAUGUUCAGUGCAUUUUGUUUGCUUUUUUCUUUUCUUUAUAUUUAAUACAAGGUGAAUAUACUAAGGCUUCAAAAUGAUAGGGUUUGGGGGAAAAAAAUCCAAAUUUAAAUUGUGAAUAACUACAGUUUAAGACCUGGGUUAUUUCCUUCAGGUCAAGGACAUCAAUGGCAGAUCGGUAGGGCGAGGUCCUAGCAUCACAUCAAGGUUGUCCAAUGCAUUUAACUGUCACCAUUGUUACAUACAUCUUUUAUAAAUUAAUGUUAUAAUGCACUGUCCUUCGCUGCUAACAAGAUGUAAUCUUACUCCUCAUUUACUAUAAACAUAGUAUGUACAGGUUUAUUUAUGUACCAUAUGAUUUGGAUAAAAUGCUUAAAGAAUUGUCAUAUAUACAUCAACUUCACAGACAUUCAUCAGUGGUGAGAAAAUGUUUGAACGGUGAUAUUAAAUUUUUACAGACAAUGUGUUAUAUUAAAAGGAAAAUUAUUUGACAAAAGAAAUAUAAUGGAUGAUAUGUGUUAGUGUUGUGUUACAACUGUAUGUAAAUGUACAGUUCAGUUUUCAUGCACAUGGUGAAGAUUUUACCAGGUAACUUUCCUGUCAUUUAUAAUACUAGUAUUCAUAAAGGUGAGGGACACUUGUAGCCUUACAUUGGUGACUAGCUGUGUUUGUAAAGUUUGUAUUUCUAGUCCCUUUCCCUUAAAUAAAUCUCCUGUUUGUUAUACAAUUCAUUCAAAAUUAACGAUUAAGUGACUAUCAGAAUAUAGAAUAAGGACUCUACAAAUUAAGCUUGGUGCUGAAACUGACGGAGGCAAUCAUAUCACUGUAUGUCUUCUGUGAAGGACUAACUAGGGUCUGUUAUUUAUAUAACUCGCUGAUUGGAGAGAUCUGUUUGUCUGGCGUUCCCUAACAGUACCCUGUAGCUUAGUGUUGGUCAAGUCCCUCAUACUGCCAAACACAAAUUUCUUCAGCCUGUAGAAUAUACAGAUCCCGAGCUUUAACUCAAUAUGAGUGAAGCCCUCAACUAUUUUGUGAGGUACAUGUGUAGGAAAGUAAGUCACCACCUACAUGAAAAUCAAGUUGAGAAAGACUUUAAUAAUUUAAGUGGGAAGUUUAAGAUUUAAGGAGAUAUGCUACCUUACUGUGUUUAGAAUUAUCUUUCUAAAAGUAUUUCUUUUAAAGAACCUUUCAAGCAUAUGCAUUAAAAUGUUAACUAGCUCCUAUAUAUGUAAAUACUUAUUUUGUACAUGUAGUGCAUUGUAGAAGGCAAGCUUGUAUGCAUUGACACUUUGGGGUUUACUUUGUUAAAUACUAAACAAAAAUAGAGAGAUUGAUCACAAAUCACAUUUGUAAGGGAGGUAACUCUCACAACACAUUUGUAAGGGAGAUAAUUCUUACACAAAUCCUGGUAAUAAUGGUUACAAGGUAGCAUAUAUCCAUAACAAAUCCUCAUGUGUAAGGAAUGCACAUGCAAGUAAGGAAAUGUGUUUUUAAAUCUGGACAUAAUAAUUACUUGUCAAGAAAGAUGUACAUGUUCUUACAUGGGUUUAAUACAAAGUGGUUUAGACUGUCUGGUCAAAAUUGACCAAAGCAUUUUCUGUAUAUUGAUGGGUCAUUAAUUUUUCGUGUAACAUUCAGUUUGGACCAGACAGCAGUUCCAAUGUGGUCGCUAAAACUAAUUUGUAUCAAGAUGGUGAAGAUUGAGCAUAUCUGUUAUGUGGUCAAAUAAAACAACUUUCUAUAGAUA